GAACUAGCCCCUUCCGUUUUUCAUCCCUCGUUCCUUGUAGACGCCGGAAGUAGUGCUACAGCACGCACAUGUUGGAAAUAGUUAGAGAGCAAGUUGCAGGACAGGUAGCUGAACGGACUGAUUUGCCCAGGGCUGCUUCCAGGCUUGAAGGGAACGUCAAGCCUGUAUCAUGAAGGAAGUGGAGGGAUCCCUGCUGGCUCUCAUUCACCAGCAUCUGCAGCAGGCUGGAUACAGUAAAGCAGCCACAGAACUGCAACUACAGAACGGCAAGAAAUUCUCUACCCCUGAAGUGUCACUCCAGGAUAUUUACAAAGACUGGAUUCAACACCCAAAAAAAAACAAGUCAAAAAAAAGUCUUCAAGUUGCUAACAAUCAGGGGGUGAAAGUACGAGUGCCAGAUCCAGAGAGUAGCUCCGAGAGCUCUGAAGAUGAGGGAAAAGGAGCAACUGCAGCUAGAAGUAAAGCUCUCUCAAAUGCAACCCCUCAGGUGCAACAGGCUAAAGAGAGAAAGAGUAAAACGAAACCAACUACCAAGGGGAAGACAGCCACCAUAGUUUCAAAGAGCACAUCAGGGGGUACUACUGCCAUUGGGCAGAACAAAAAGGCUUCUUCAGCUGCACCACAAGUUCAAGGGGUUGUGAUGGAGACUAGCAGCUCAUCUGAUAGUGAAGACGAUCCGGCACCUCCAAAUGCUGCUCCAGUGACAAUAUCCUCAAAUCCAGCAGCUGAAAGCACUGAAAGCUCAUCUGAUUCUGAAUCAGACAUGGAUACUGCAGGACAGACACAUACUGUUUUGGCCAAUGUUCAUGCAUUACCAAGGACACCUCUGCUUUCUUCGUCAAAGAUUGCAAGGAUAACUGUGCCACGUAAAGCUGCUAUUGUCACAAAACCAGCAGAUGUUGAGAAGUCAGAGAGCAGUGAUUCAUCCGAUAGUGAAGUCAUAGUUAACCAGAAACCAGCAGCACCACCCCAGGCAUCCCAGAAGAAGUCCACUGAUGUUACAGCUGCUAAGCCACAAGUGACAAAAAAAUCAAUUUUGGCCGGACCAGGGAAGGUGGCAACACCUACUAAGACACCUGUGAUUGCACAGCCACUUCAGAGCUCUGGAAGUAGUGACUCAUCAGACAGCGAGGAGGAACCUGAUGCAAAGAAAACAGCAGUGCUUAUCCAGUCAUCCCAGAAAAAGACUAUUGCACCUCCUACAGCCACAAGGACACCAGAGGCACAGACUCCACUCUUGGCCAAACAUGGGAAGUUGGCAACACCAGCCAAGACACAGCCGCUAGCAGCUGGGAGCUCUGGGGUCAGUGACUCAUCAGACAGCGAGGAGGAACCUGAUGCUAAGAAAACAGCAAAUCUCAAGUCAUCCCAGAAAAAGUCACUUGCACCUACACAAACACCCCUGUCGGCCAAACCUGGAAAAUUGGUAACACCAGCUGCAAAACCUGUGAUUGCACAGCCGUUGGCAGAUCAAAGUUCUGUAAACAGCGACUCCCCAGACAGUGAGGAGGAACCUGAUGCUAAGAAAACGGCAAAUCUCAAGUCAUCCCAGAAAAAGUCACUUGCACCUACACAAACACCCUUGUCGGCCAAACCUGGAAAAUUGGUAACACCAGCUGCAAAACCUGUGAUUGCACAGCCGUUGGCAGAUCAAAGUUCUGUAAACAGUGACUCCCCAGACAGUGAGGAGGAACCUGAUGCUAAGAAAACAGCAAAUCUCCGGUCAUCCCAGAAAAAGUCACUUGCAUCUACACAAACACCCCUGUCGGCCAAACCUGGAAAACUGGUAACACCAGCUGCAAAACCUGUGAUUGCACAGCCGUUGGCAGAUCAAAGUUCUGUAAACAGCGACUCCCCAGACAGUGAGGAGGAACUUGAUGCUAAGAAAACAGCAAAUCUCAAGUCAUCCCAGAAAAAGUCACUUGCACCUACACAAAUACCCCUGUCUGCCAAACCUGGAAAACUGGUAACACCAGCUGCAAAACCUGUGAUUGCACAGCCGUUGGCAGAUCAAAGUUCUGUAAACAGCGACUCCCCAGACAGUGAGGAGGAACCUGAUGCUAAGAAAACCGCAAAUCUCCGGUCAUCCCAGAAAAAGUCACUUGCACCUACACAAAUACCCCUGUCUGCCAAACCUGGAAAACUGGUAACACCAGCUGCAAAACCUGUGAUUGCACAGCCGUUGGCAGAUCAAAGUUCUGUAAACAGCGACUCCCCAGACAGUGAGGAGGAACCUGAUGCUAAGAAAACAGCAAAUCUCAAGUCAUCCCAGAAAAAGUCACUUGCACCUACACAAACACCCCUGUCGACCAAACCUGGAAAACUGGUAACACCAGCUGCAAAACCUGUGAUUGCACACCCGCUGGUAGAUCAAAGUUCUGUAAACAGCGACUCCCCAGACAGUGAGGAGGAACCUGAUGCUAAGAAAACAGCAGCGUCUAUCCAGUCACCCCAGAAAAAGUCUAUUGCACCUCCCACAGCCACAAGGACACCAGGGACACAUACUCCACUCUUGGCCAAACCUGGGAAGUUGUCAACAUCAGCCAAAACACCACCACUAUCAAAUCAGAGCUCUGGGAGUAGUGACUCAUCAGACAGCGAUGAGGAACCUGAUGCGAAGAAAACAGCAACUCUUCAGUCAUCCCAGAAAAAGUCACUUGCAUCUUCACAAACACCCAUACCAUACCAUACCAUUUCCAUACCUGGAAAACUGGUAAUACCAGCUGCAAAACCUGUGAUUGCACAGCCGCUCGCAGAUCAAAGUUCUGGAAGCAGCGACUCUUCAGACAGUGAGGAGGAGCCUGAUGCUAAGAAAACCGCAGCUCCUCUCCAGUCAUCCCAGAAAAAGACACUUGCACCUUCCAUAGCCACAAGGCCACAAUGGACACAAACAAACUUGGCAAAAACUGGGAAGGUGGUAACACCUGCCAAGACACAGCCACCAUCAGAUCAGAGCACCGGCAGCAGUGACUUUUCAGACAGUGAGGAGGAACUUAUUGCUAAGAAAACAGCAGCUCCUCUCCAGUCAUCCCAUAAAAAGACGCUUGCACUUUCGAUAGCUACAAGGCCACCGGCGACACACACACCACUCUUGGCAAAAACUGGGAAGGUGCUAACACCUGCCAAGACACAGCCACCAUCAGAUCAGAGCACCGGCAGCAGUGACUUUUCAGAGAGUGAGGAGGAACUUAUUGCUAAGGCAUCCAAAAAAAAUAGCAGAACAGUCCUCUUGGGCAAGACAGGGAACAAAGCAACACCAGCCAAGAUGCCAGUGGUUACACAGAUGGCAGCAGUUGACAGCUCUGAGAGCAGCAACUCAUCAGAUAGUGAAGAGGAGCUGAACAAUAAGAAGACUGCAGUGCCUCAGCGGGCAUCCCAGAAAAAGGGCAAAGACAAGACAGAGAAUGUAGCAACACCAGCUAAGAUGCCAGUGAUUACACAGCCGCCAGCAGCUGAGAGCUCUGAGACAUGGAACUCCUCAGAUAGUGAGGAGGAGCUUAACAAUAAGAAUGCCGUGCCUCCCCGGUCAUCCCAGAAAAAGGGCAAAGCAUACCUACUGGCCAAGAAAGGCAAUGCUGCAACCCCAGCCAAGAUUCCAGUGGUUAUGCAGCCGCUAGCAGCUGAGACCUCUGAGACUAGCAACUCUUCAGAUAGUGAGGAAGAGCUUAACGAUAAGAAGAAUGCAGUGCCUCCCCAAUCACCCCAGACAAAAGGGAAUGCUGCAAAAGGGAAAGGGAAUGCUGCAACCCCAGCCAAGACGCCGGUGGUUACGCAGCCGCUAGCAGAGGAGAGCUCUGAGACAUGGAACUCCUCAGAUAGUGAGGAGGAGCUUAAUGAUAAGAAGAAUGCAGUGCCUCCCCAAUCACCCCAGAAAAAGGGCAAAGCACCCCUCCUGGUCAAGAAAGGGAAUGCUGCAACCCCAACCAAGAAGCCAGUGGUUAUACAGCCGGCAACAGCUGAGAGCAGCAACUCGUCAGAUAGUGAGGAGGAACAGAACACUCUUAAAUUAAAUGCUCCCUUGAACCCUACAACAUCAAAGACCAAAGCAUUUACAACUUUGAAGCUAACUGCCAAACAGGACUAUGAGAGUAGUGACACUAGUGAAGAAGCCAAGAGCAAAUCCAGGACUCUGGUGGCGCAACCAUCGAUUGCCAAUAUCUUGGAGACCAGUGACACCACUGAUAUUGAUGAGAUAGUGUCUCCAACCCCUGCUCCAAUCAGGGCAACAAAAGGAAAGGCUGUACCCAUAUUGGCAAAAACUGUCACACCAUCCAGCCUGAAAGCCACCAAAAGCAAAGUCAGCAGCACAGCUAAAACUCCAGCAGAAGCACAGAAAAUAGCUGUUACAAGCUCGGACAGCAGCGACAGUGAAGAGGAACCAGGAAUUAAGUCUCAUAUAACACCAGUACUUGCAGUGCCCACCCCACAGAAACGGAAGAGGGCUUCAAAAAUCAAAGAAGUUACUCUACCUUCUGUUGAUUCCAUAAAAUCCAUGAAAAAGAAGACUAAAGCUGAGCAAGUGACAUCUACUCAGCCAGCACCAGUUACAGGGAUUGACUCUGAAGAGGAGACCAUAAUGGCUCUGCUUACAGGUCAGAGCCCAAAGAAGAAUAAGCAGAAGCCAUCCAAACUGGAACUGAAAGCAGCUGCUUCGGUUUCUAUGCAAAAGAACAGCAGUGUCUCAGACUUGUCUGGUGAGAAUGAUGUUGGAACUUUAGCAUUAAAUAUAACGACUCCAGUGCCAGAGCCCAUGCCACCGACCACUGAGAAAGAAAAGAAAAACGCUAAAAAAAGAAAGAGCUCCUCGGAAGAUGGACCCAAAAAGAAAUCUAAGAAGGCAAAGAAGGAAGGAAAGAAAGAAAAGAAGAAAUCAAAGUCUGAAGGAGGAGAGGCUGGAGCCAUUACCCCAAAAACAAAAUCUUCCAAAAAAGAUAAAAAGAAGCUAGAGAAAUCUGAGAAAAAGAAAUCAAGUAAAAAAAAAAAGGAGAAGAAAAAAAAGGACGGGGAAAAAAAGGUUUCAAAGAAAACCAAGAAGGCAGAGUCUGUGCCAGGUUCAGCAACUGGCAUCUCCCCUAAACCAAAGAAAAAGAAGAAAAUUAAAGUGGAUAAAGUUGAUUGAGGACCACACGUCUGGAGGGCCUGAUAUCUGCCUGCCGAAUACAAAGGUUUACAAGCCAUGAUCUUUUUAUGCGUGUACAUAUGGAAGAAGAUGCCAGAAGAAAUGAAAACCUGCAAAUAAAGUGGAUGAUUUUAAUCUUUUUUUUUUUUAAUUCUGCUUUUUAGCAGAAGCACGUCUCCCAACUCUGACCUCUAUAUGGAAUUUUUUAAAAGUGUGGAAUCAUUCUAAAAUGACAGCUGCUUUUUUUUUAUCUGUGACUUGAAUUAUUUUAUGGACUCUUCACAAAAUAAAAAUCCUAUAUAUUUAUAAAUGUGCGCAGGUUGCUGAAUCUGCGGUUUGAAACGUGACCGCUCGGGCUUUUUUUUUUCUUUUGUAAUCUCUCAUUUAAAAAUGCAUUUUUUUACUACUGUAUAUCAGCCUUUAACAGAUGUGAUUUGGGUGUUGGAAUGUGGCUUUUUUGACCAUUUAUUUUUAGCUAGCUUGUUAUGACAGAUACUAGAUUACUGUGAUUCCAGAGAUCCCUUAUCGCUAAAACCCGUUAUCAAGAAAGCUCUGAAUUAUGGAAAGGCCACCACCUAUAUUGCCCAUAAUAAUUUUUAAAAAUGAUUUCCUUUUGUCUUUGUAAUAAUAAAACUGUGCCUUUUACUUGA